AUGUCAAGUGCGUUUCAAAAGUUGAAACUCAGCAGAGCAUGGAAGGCCAAACAAAAGUAUCUGCAACUGAUGUCUGCUUCUAGUGGCGCUCAGUGCAGUGAGAUCACGCCAACUAUGCCCUCUUGGUUCUACUCUCUCCUCUUGGCAAUGGUUCAGAUGCAGACAAAGGCACAAGAUGUUGGCAAGUAUAAACCAAUGUGCACUGGAAUUCGUCUGUUUAAGCCCAACGAAGCCCGACUCACAUGGAUCCCACCAGUGGUGAAAAAUGAAGAAAUUCCAAGUUUUAGAGUUUUCUACUUUCAUGAUGGUGCACUCUUAAUGACACUCACCUCUGAAAACGUAUUGGAAAUUCCCAUCAAUGAGAACGACACUAUGAUCAGAGCAAUUGUGAGAACUGUUACCAAAUCCGAAGUUUGGACAGAUGAAUACAAAGAGGACCCGAAUGAAUGCAAAUUCAACUCGAAACGAAGUGAUGACACUAUUUUUCGUGCACCGGAACUACUCCAUGUUCACACACGACAGAAGUAA